AUGUCAAGAGUUGUAUCCAUAUGCAAGAGCAGUAAUCAUGUACAAAGAUCAGAGCUUGCUGAAACCGACUUUUCAGACUUGGCUGUCGACGAGAUCCUCACUGGCAACGGGAACGCCGAGGACAUCGAAGAUAUUGCCCUUGAAGACGACGAGGUUGAUAUAGAAGGCCUUUUCAAGAAAAAGAAGAAGGGCAAGAAAGACAAGAAGAAAGAACCACCCCCCAAGCCGGCACCUGAGCCGGCACCUGAGCCGGCACCUCAGCCUGUGCUCACUCCUGUACCUGUACCUGUUCCAGCUCCUGUGCCGGUGCCGGUACCUCAGCCGGUACCUCAGCCGGUACCAGUACCUGCUCCCGUACCUGUACCUGUACCUGUACCUGCUCCUGUGCCGGUCCCAAAGCCUGUGCCGGUUCAUUAA